AUGCACCGUCAGGAAAAAUGUUUCCAGACUGUCACGCCGCAAGACAAAGGGAGUGAAGAACUGCCUUCACUACGUCUGCCACCACAAGAACUGCCUUCACUACGUCUGCCUCCACAAGAACUGCCUUCGUCUGUGUCUGCCACCACAAGAACUGCCUUCACUACGUCUUCCACCACAAGAACUGCCUUCACUAUGUCUGCCACCACAAGAACUGCCUUCACUACGUCUGCCACCACAAGAACUGCCUUCACUAUAUCUUCCACCACAAGAACUGCCUUCACUACAUCUGCCACCACAAGAACUGCCUUCACUACGUCUGCCACCACAAGAACUGCCUUCACUACGUCUGCUCCACAAGAACUGCCUUCACUACGUCUGCCACCACAAGAACUGCCUUCACUACGUCUGCCACCACAAGAACUGCCUUCACUAUGUCUGCCACCACAAGAACUGCCUUCGCUGUGUCUGCCACCACAAGAACAGCCUUCACUACAUCUGCCACCACAGAACUGCCUUCACUACAUCUGCCACCACAAGAACAGCCUUCACUACGUCUGCCACCACAAUAACUGCCUUCAUCUGCACACAAGAACUGCCUUCACUACGUCUGCCACCACAAGAACUGCCUUCGCUGUGUCUGCCACCACAAGAACUGCCCACCUACUUCGUCUGCCACCACAAGAACAGCCUUCACUACGUCUGCCACCACAAUAA